CCCGGGAGCCCCCGAGACAGCCCAAGAGGGCCCCAAGAGCCCUCCCAAGAGGGCCCCAAGAUGCAAAAUCCGUAGCCAUUUUGGCUCAAGACGCCAAUUUGAGCUCAGGCCGUCUCGGCGCUGCAUAUGAUUAUCGUACACUUGGGACGCAGUUUUCUGUACCGUUGAACAUUCAGCAGCGUCUGACACAUGGCCCUGGCAUUAUUUCUUCUUGUCAGCACGCACUGUUUUUUAUACAGCAGUGCGUUGAAGACUAAUGUGCCAGUUGACGACUUCGCUGGAAAUCACUCGAUGCUCGUAGGUCGAUCUCAAUCGGCUGCAGGCUGUUGGCUGCCUGGAUUAGGCGUUCCUGGGAAGGACGGCGUUGUACCGAACGAGGACCUCAAGCGCAUAUUGAAAGAUGGAUUCAAGCUGUUCUGGGGGGGCCAGCAAGCUUGUAAGGAUCGUAACAAGAAUGUAACGUGGUGCAAAGCGCCUCGCACCGACCCGCUUCUUGGAGAGCACGAUCAGGAGUGGUACGCCGAGCUCGUAGACUACUUGAAGAGGGAGUUCGCUCAGACAGACAAGUCGUUGCCCAUAGUUGCCGCGGCGUACGACCGGCCCAUUUUGGCCGACGCGAAGAGCGCUCAGAUCAUGAACCUCGUCUGUGGGUUCUUGCGGCUUAAUAUGUCGAAGCGGUUUGUUUUGUUUGCAGGCGAUCAGACUGCGUAUGACAGUUAUGUGCGCCACUUCCCAAACAUCACCGUGGUGUUCCACCCACUCAUGACAAAGUUUGCUCAGGCCAUGGCGGCCAGGACCAACGUGGAGUAUGUCAACCGUGUGACGAAGUUGGCCGUCGCCCAGAUGGUGCUUGACGCAGGGCGGGAUGUGAUCAUCACGGACACCGACAUAGCAUGGCUUCGGGACUCGUCGGAGGUCCUGCACGCCUCGGGGCUGGACUUCGCUGCGCAGCCGGACUGCCCCGCCAUCAACUCGGGCUUCGUCUACUACCGCAACGUGCCCAAGACCAGGGAGCUGCUCCACAUGACCCUCAGCACCUGGAGGGAAAGCUGGUUCUGUGGCGAUAACGACCAGUACGUGCUCACUUGCGGCUGGAUGCGGGCCGCGAUCAAGGGCCUGAGCUACAAGGUGCUCCCCAAGAACUCGUGGGCGAUCAAGUGCCAGGGCGUCAACUGCGCCUGCACGGACUCCCCGCACGUGCGCGAAGACACGGAGCGCAAUACGGGGUGGUCGUUCGGGCAGCAGAUGUUUGGCAUCGGAGACGGUUACCCGUACAUUUACCACACGUACGGUAUGUCGGGCCCUUACAUGAAUGAGCUCGAUACGCUUGCUGCGCUUGAUAUGGUUGACGUGGAUUACCAGACUGGCCAGUGCAAAAUGGGCCCCAAGAUGAAUGCAGUAGACACAUUCGCCAAAUCUUGUUCGACUGGUGAGGGUGGUAUAAUUCACGCUACAUGCGAUACUCACCCCGGUGGCCCUUCGUGUCAGAGAGAACCAGUUCUCGCUUCAUCAAUCAUUGCAGAUCUCGAGGCUCGCUCUACUCUGACUACCUUUGUCCCUCCUUAGCGGCCAGGUGUCGAGGUCUUGUCAUUUCGCGUUGCGCGGCGCGAUUCCAUGAGUUGCCACAAAUCCUCGCAUCUGCCUCUUUUGAGGCGGCCCAGUCCAUGUGAAUAUUUCAUGGCCUGUGGUAGAAGGUCGUGAGACCCUUCCUUGCGUUAAAUGCUGCCAGUGGUGACAGUGACCCUUCCUUGCGUCAUGUGCUGCCAGUCCUUGCCCCUCGUUUCAGCCCCCCCCAAAAAAACAGAGGGCCCCAAGAUGCAAAAAUGGCCCCGUCCCCGUCGG